GGUACGUGUAACAAGUGAGGUUUAACUUUGGUAAGCGUCUGGAAGCGUCAUUAAAAUAUAUGAUGCUUCCGCUACUUAGGCGCCGUACGAAAACAGAUUGUUCGAUUCCGUCUGCUUGCCGCCGCGCAACAAAGAUCUCGCGGAUUAGUCCUCGCGAACAUGAGGCUCUCGUCUUGGAGCCCCAGCGUCAGCGUCAGCGGCGCUUCUCGUCAUCUGUUGUUGGCCUUCAAGAACAUGAAAGUUUCAGCAGAAGGGAUGACGUACUUCCGUGAUGCCAGCAACCACUAUUUUAAUGGAUACACGUGUUGUGGGUAUUUUGGAUCCGCGAUACACAUUGCAGAGCGACGACGACGAUGCUCGCCGACGUUCGAGGAAGAUUGAUGAGGUACGCUUACCACUAACUAACUCGUUUGCGUUACCAUGUCUGGCUAACUCUCUCUGCGCGUUGCACCACGCUUUCUGCCAUCGUCGACAAAUGAUCGGAAUUCCAAGGGGACAGUAGUUAUACUUAAUUAUCCGAUCAUUAUUGAUUUUUUCUUUUAUAAAGAAGAAAACCGCACUCUUCACGUUUCCUGUACAAUCGAAGCCAUAAAGAAGUCGGUUUUUAAUUUCAUUUUAAUUUCGUGGAUUCUAAAAUUUCGGAAUUCAUUUCCGAAUUGCAAGUUUUCCAAUCAGUGUACUAAAAAUAUAUGAAUCUAUGAACACAUAAAUCAGCAGAAUCGUAAAUGUGGAUAAUCAUGAGUCACAAAGCAGAAUCGGAAGUACCAUCCCUUGCGAGUUCGCGCAUCGAUGAUCGAAUUGUCAUUGUGGUAGCGAUGAGAGUAGCGCGCGAUUUCCUGUUUAAGGGGGGAGCCUGCUUUAGAACGCUGAAAAUAAGGUAUAUUUUACGAAUUGUUUUUGGAG